AGUGACCACAGGGUGGCGACACGUGUCUAAUCAGAUAAUCAGAGCCAUGUGGCUGCAGCGCGCACAACUCUCCUCUCCAGCAGAGAAGUUAGUAGGAAGAGUUGCGCUCAGUUGAAGAGAGAGACAGAGAGAGAGGGGGAAAGCGUGCUGCUGGGCUCCAGCGAGGAGGAAAAGAGACAGAAACCAGGAGAGACGGACACAACUUUCUUCUACAUUUCUUUUUUUUUUUACUAUCGAGAGGGUUUUGCAUAAGUUUCUGAAGGCACCGCAUUUUGAGUGGUUCAUUUUUUUUGGAGGGUGCUCGAAAUUAAAUUUUGAGUGAAGUGGAUGUGAAAAUCGGGCGGAGGUUUUAAACACACAGAGCCGGAGGAAUGUAUCCAAGUCGGGCAUUGGAGAGCCAGCGUGUCCGGAGAUGUCCAGCAGCCUGCGCGCUGUGGAUCAGCCUGCUGCUCCACUGCGUCCUGGACAUGAGCGCGUCUGGGUCUGAGUUUCCCCAAGACCCCAGUGUGAUAGCUACCACUUCAUGGAACACCUCUAGUGAUGGGCCCUUCUUCAUCCGCCUCGAAGCUCCCAUGAACAACAUCACCACCUCUCUGGGCCACACGGCCGAGCUUUUGUGCCGCGUGGCCGGCAACCCGCCGCCCACAGUGCGCUGGCUGAAGAACGACGCCCCGGUGGUGCAGGAGCCGCGACGGAUCUCGUACCGAUCCACGACUUACGGAUCGCGCCUCCGCAUCCGCAACCUGGACACCACCGACACGGGCUACUUCCAGUGCGUGGCCACCAACACCCAGGGCACCGUGUCCACGACGGGCGUGCUCUUUGUCAAAUUCGAUCCACUCCCUACACUUCUGGCAGGAAGGCCAACGGAUGAUUUUGACGAAGAGGGAUUCUGCCAGCCGUACAGAGGUAUAGCCUGCGCCCGCUUCAUCGGCAACCGCAGCAUCUUCGUCGACUCGUUUCAGAUGCAGGGCGAGAUCGAGACCCAGAUCACAGCGGCCUUCACCAUGAUCGGGACGUCCAACCAUUUGUCCGACCGCUGCUCCCAGUUCGCCAUCCCUUCUCUCUGUCACUUUGCCUUCCCGACGUGCGACCGCAGCUCUGGAACCGACAAACCGCGGGACCUGUGUAAGGACGAGUGUGAGAUCCUGGAGAACGACUUGUGUAAGACGGAAUAUAUCAUCGCCCGCUCAAACCCCAUCAUCCUGAAGAGACUGAAGCUGCCAAACUGCGAGGACCUGGCCGCCUUCGACAGCCCCGAGGCCGCCAACUGUCUGAGGAUCGGCAUCCCCAUGGCCGAGCCCAUAAACAAGAAUCACAAGUGUUACAACAACAGCGGGGCGGACUACAGAGGGACGGUCAGUAAGACGAAGUCGGGCCGUCAGUGUCAGCCGUGGAACUCCCAGUAUCCCCACAGCCACACCUACCUGGCCAUCCGCUACGCGGAGCUCAACGGAGGACACUCGUACUGCCGCAACCCUGGGAACAAACUGGAGGCCCCCUGGUGCUUCACGCUGGACGAGGGCGUCCGCAUGGAGCUCUGUGACAUACCCGUCUGUGACCAUAAAGAAAAGUCUGGCGGCGGCAACAUGGAGAUCUUGUACAUCCUGGUUCCCAGCGUGGCGAUCCCAUUGGCCAUCGCCUUGCUCUUCUUCUUUAUUUGCGUGUGCCGCAACAACCAGAAGUCGCCCACACCUCCUGCCCCUCGCCAGCCCAAACCGGUCCGAGGACAAAACGUUGAGAUGUCCAUGCUCACAACUGCGUACAAGCCAAAGAGUAAGGCCAAAGAGCUUCCCCUGUCGGCUGUGCGUUUCAUGGAGGAGCUUGGAGAGUGCAAUUUAGGGAAGAUCUACAAGGGUCACCUGUAUCUUCCGGGCAUGGACCAGGCACAGCUCGUGGCCAUAAAGACCCUGAAGGACAUCUCCAACGUCCAACUUUGGGGCGACUUCCAGCAGGAGGCCGCCGUGCUGACAGAGCUGCAGCACCCAAACGUGGUGUGCCUGCUGGGCGUGGUGAUCCAGGAGCAGCCUGUCUGUAUGCUGUUUGAGUUUUUGCCCCAGGGCGACCUCCACGAGUUCCUCAUCAUGCGUUCGCCACACUCUGACGUUGGCUGCAGCAGUGACGAGGAUGGCACAGUGAAAUCCAGCCUGGAUCAUGGAGACUUCCUGCAUAUGUCCAUACAGGUGGCUGCUGGGAUGGAGUACUUGGCCAGCCACUUUUACACCCAUAAAGACCUCGCAGCUCGGAACAUCCUGGUAGGCGAACAGCUUCACAUCAAGAUCUCCGACCUGGGCCUCUCCAGAGCGAUCUACUCCUCAGACUACUACUGCCUGCAGCCCAAAACUCUGCUGCCCAUACGCUGGAUGCCCCCCGAGGCCAUCUCUUACGGCAAGUUCACCAGUGACUCGGACAUCUGGUCGUUCGGAGUCGUACUGUGGGAAAUCUUCAGCUACGGUCUGCAGCCCUAUUACGGCUUCUCCAACCAGGAAGUGAUGGAGAUGGUGAGAAAGAGGCAGCUGCUGCCCUGCCCCGAGGACUGUCCGCCAAGGUUUUAUGGUUUGAUGACUGAAUGCUGGCAGGAGGGACCAACACGUCGAGCACGCUUCAAGGACAUCCACCUACGCCUGCGAGCCUGGGAGGGGCUGUCAUCCCACGCCAGCUCCAGCACGCCCUCUGGCGGCGGAGGCAACGCCACCACCCAGACCACCUCGCUCAGCGCCAGCCCCGUCAGCAACCUCAGCAACCCGCGCUACGCUGCUGCCGCCGCAGCUGCAGGGUACCUCUACCCAGCCCAGGCUAUUCCCUCACAGGGCCAGAUGGCCCCAAUGCAGGCCUGGGCGCCCAUGGCUGUGACCCACCCACAAACCCACCAGCGCUUCAUCCCCGUCAACGGAUACCCCAUCCCGCCGGGAUAUGCAGCUUUUCCAGCCCACUUCCCUCCCCCGGCCCCGCCGACCAGGGUCAUCCAGCACCACCUGCCCCCUCCCAAAAGCCGCUCGCCCAGCAGCGCCAGCGGCUCCACCAGCACGGGUCACGUCAGCGGAGGGCCCUCCACCACGGGCUCCAACCACGACGCCAACACGCCGCUGCUCUCCCACUGCAUCAUGCCGGGGGGCGGAGGGCAGAUUCAGGUGUACGGACAAGUUUGCCAGAAGGGAAUGGGACAACUGGACCACGCGUCACACACAGCGCUGAUCCCUGUUGAUUCUGAGGUACUGAUGUACGACACGGUCAUCACCGCAGACCUGUAGAUAGACAGAGAGAUACUCACACUCUCUCUGCUCGGGACCCACAUCUGAGAAGUUUAGCCUCUCACACAGGGACCCAGUCUACUCUGGUCACAUGGAGACCCCCCCCAACAGAACCUGGCCAUGUGAGUGUGCAAGAAACACUGCCGCAGCUACACAAGUAUAUCCACAGCUGUCUGACUUUUUAAUGCCUUAUUGUUUAAAGCAUGUGUACUUACCACCAUGGUUUGACCACCAAUGUUGUGUUAUUAUUUUAACCUCUCUGUACAUACGGUACAUAAGUCCUGAAUGAAUGAGUGAAAUACAAAGAUAUAUAUUCAAAAGAACUUUUUAUUAAGAAAUAAAUUUUAAAGGUGAAAAAAAUCAAAAAAUCCAUCCUGCGUUCCUGAGAAAUGGUUUGUAUCACCGUCUGACAAAAGUUCCUGCGUCAACAACUGACUGUUAACGGACUGUUUCAUGCAGGAUGUGAAGGAAACAGUGACACCGUGACCUUUAGGUGCCUUUCAGCAGUGGUGCAACUUGCUCGUUUCUGGACGUAUUAGAACACAAAAUAUGUGCUGUACAUUUGCUUGUACAGUAAAAGAAACAGCGUCUAGCAAACGAUAGCAGAGCAAAAAAUGGGAACAGCAGACAAGAAGUUGAGCAGCUUUUACUGAGAUGACCAGCACCGACCUGCUCAAAUACACCAGUAUACGAGGCGUACAGGUGGCAUUGAGGGCAGACAGCUAACGGCUAUGUGACGGAUCCCAUCAAAGCAGCUGGAAUUAAAACUAAAACAGAUACAGAUGGCUAAAAUACUCGUCCAGGCACGGAGAUCUGGCGUUUUCACACAAAAUUCCUUUGGAAAUGACAUCUGAAUGUUUUUGGUGCAACUUCAAUAUGACAAUCUUUGCAACGUGGACCUCUUUGCCUUUUUUCAAAUCUCAGUAUACAGCUUCCCUGGCUGAGGAACAAGGAAGCGGGAAGUACUUCAGAUUGGCUGCCUCCAUUUCUCUGUCACCUUCAUCAUUUGCUCCUCCUCCUUUCCUCCACCGUCUUCCACCCUCCGAUCAGACACGGCAUCUAACUUCACAAGCUGGCUACAGGUCUACGAAUGAAAUCACACAGCCUUCAUAUCCUCCACAGCUGAACUGGACCGGUCUCAGGGCACAAACACUUCACUCACCACACGAGGGCUUUGGGUCAAUUUACUGUCAAUGAUGUAAAGCUAACAUUUCACCCUCACAAAGGAACAUUGUUAUUGUAAAUUUGAUAUGGAGUUUUAAUUUUUAUGGGAGAGUUUUUUCCAGUUUUUGAAUUUUGAAGGAACUUUAUUCACAGGGCUCAUCUUUAUGUCCUUUUUUCUGUUUUUUUGGCAUCUGUGUUGUGCAAAAAACACCUUUCAAGACACGGAGGAGUUAAGGUACUCAAAGCAGGGGAGUUAAAAACACAAGUAGUAGAUAAUAUUACCAUUACAAAAAUCAGCCUCAUGUAAAAAAACUCCUAUGAAUUGAUAUGCUUCCGUUUAUGCCCAAUCUGUGCCUGAACAGACGAAUGUUUGACCUAAAUAAGAAUCAUUUUCAUGAGCUAGGGACAGACUGUUUCACUGUGUGCUGAGAGAUUUAUGUAUGGUGCUUUUAUUUGGUUCUAUAUCAGUAAAUGGUCGGUUAUCGUGGUAUUAAUGGUAUCCAUAAACACCUGGCGCCAACUGUACUUAGGUGAUCCCAACAAGGGUAAGUGCAGCUUUUAAAGGAAAAAGAACAAAAUGCCCAUAUUGUUUCCUUGUGAGUCUCUAAAUGUACAGCUGUAUUUAUAUUUCGACAUGUCCAGUAACAGGAAAUCAUAUACGGUUUUGGAGGCAUUUACCUGAAUAUCCCUUUGUGAUAUGAAGAAGUUUUUGGUAAAUCUCAUUCCUGUAAUCACACAAAUGAUGCCUCAGCUAUCUGUUGUUAUUUGAUGACAGUUUAUCAAAAGGCUAAAUAGGAAGCUUUUGUUUUAAGAAAAUAAAAGUGGUAGAAGCAGCUGCAGUUACAGAACAAUUUGUGAUCUUAGUUACCUUCUCCAGUACCUUCUGUGUAGUAGACAAUCGUUGGGUUUGAAUGGUCGUAAAAGUGUCCCAGUGUACUGUACGUGUUGCACUUUUUAUCCCUCUAUCGAUCAGCUGUAUUUACUAAUCAGACACACAUCUAUGGCACACGCUGAUAGCAUCUCACUGUGGAUGUGCAGAGCAUGAAGCGCAGUGAAGAUGGCUGGUUGCCUGUUGUGCAUUUUUAUGGUAAACGUUUUUAAGUUGACAUUUCUGGAAUGUAGAUAGAUGAGACAGUUCAGUAUUUAGUUUAUGUAAUCAUGUCUACUAUCUGAUGUCACUACAAGAAAAGCAGCUGCUCCAAUUCACUGCAGACUAAAAUGAAAAUAAAUCAGAUUUAUAUUAGACUGAGCUUUAGUUUACCCCGAGAUAAUUUAUUCAAACCAACGUUAGCAAAAUAAAGGAAGAAGAUAGUGUUUUGUUCCUUUUGUCACAUCUAGUCCAAGAUUAUUUGAGUCAUUUUAAGUUAAUUUUCCCGUUGAGGUUUUAUUUCAUUGCUGUCUUUUUGUUCCUCUGAAGCAGAUCGAGCUACCUUAGCAUCUGAGUCUGUGACCUCCAUCCAGCAUGUAAAGGAUUUAUGUGUACUAACAUUACAGUGCAGAAACCACUUGUACACAAGACUGUGAAUCUUAAUCAAGUCUAGGUAUUUUUGUAUUUGGCAAAAAAUCAUUAUUGUGCCUUUUUUUUAUUUUUUAUUAUAGAUCCAUUUUUAAAAAAACAAAAUACAAGUAAAUUUAUAUUUCAAUAACCAUUACAGAAGGUUUACGUGCUUAAUCUUUUGACCAAGAGAGGCCUUGUCUUUGUAUUUUGUCUGAACAUUUUUUGCACAGAUGUUUUGUAUUGCAAAAUCAUUUAUUAAAUGAUGUUGUUUGGUUAA